AUGCUUGCGACUAGCACGGCGGCCACUACCUAUCUCCCUCACUCUCAAACUCAACGGACCCCCUCCUCCCAAACACUCAUGUCGUCAAGGUCCAAUCAUAGGCGCACUUUGUCCUCCCUUGCAGCUUUCCGGCCUCCCAAAGGGCUCGUUCAUACUUUCCGGGACCCAUCCAUCCUGUCAUCGCUAUUGUCCUACAUGGGCUGGGACAAUUGCUCUGCACUCCUCAAUACUUGUCGGGAUUUGAGAAAUUGCUUCUCCUCAAGUUCUCCAGGGCUUCGAGACGUUGUCCUCUCUCGCUACAUUCCCUUGUACUCUUUGGUCCUGCGCCGCUCUGACCAUUCCCGACUGCAACACGUUCCUCUCAGUCUAUCGGAUCUAAAUCUCCUCAUGAUUUCGUCCACUGUCAUCUUGCACCGCUAUCCUCUCUUCGCUUGUCAGUAUCUAGCGCGCUUGCUGCCUGACAUUGACCGGGCCGAACGCGAAGAAACCGCGAGGUUGGUCGCCUUGGCGCAGGCACACUCCCGCUUUGUCCUCUUUCUGCAAGCGAUUGCCCACAGUUCAAAUAUACCUCCACCCCAUGACCGAGAUGAUAUCGACUGGCCACCUCGUCGUCUCGAAUCCCGGUUCCGGCAGUUGAACUUUCCCGCUCCUCUGUCAUUGGUGCCUUCAGUCUCGCCGAAAUCAACGCCAGCAGUCUCGCGCCGCACCAAAGCCACUGUAUUGACCUCACAUCGCAAAUCAUCCUCAUCCCGCAGUCUCUCCCGCGCCGGUAGCCGGCUGUCUAUCUUUGGUAGCAAUGCGAAAAUUCCUUUACCUCCCGCAUCUGAGCCUCGAUCGUUGAAGCAUUACUCUUCAGCAUGGAGACAAGCCUUAUCGAAGACGUCGGGUUACUUUUCGGACGAGGAAUGGGGUCGCAAACCUUUGGAGAGACCACACCGAAGAUUUGCGACUGCGGAUUCUUCCGCAUCAAGCAGCCCGUCGCCUCCAUCAUCACGGAGGUCUACCCCCGUAGAGUUGACGCCAAGAUUCACGUCGCCUCAUGAUAUAGGCCUUGCGAUGUCGCAAACGCGAGCACCUGUUCUUCGUGUCUUUGUCCCAUGCUCAGAGCUUGAUGAUCAAAGCAUCGCACUAUGUGAGGAUCAGCUUUGUGAUUCGGGACUUUGGCAACACCUUUCCAUCGGAGACAUCGUUUGUAACCUUGGGUUCAUCCCUCCUACAAACCCAGACGAAAUGGCAUCGUCCUAUUCGAGUCUCCCUGAAUCUCCGGGAAGCGACCAUUCAACCUCGCAACAUCGACAACAAUGGCUCAUCUUCAAUGGGGAGUCGCUUGUGCCAUAUUCCCCGCCAUCUGCCAUUCCCUUGAGCAAUCCCUUCAGCCUGCCAUCUCCAUUCUACUACGCCCACAUUACUCCUCCCCACACAAAUCCCGUCUUUACUAUCCGGAACUUCCCUCCAUGUGACGACAUUCCUCAGUUCACCCUCGUCAACACGAGCCGAACAGUGCCAAGUCCGCACUCGCCUGCAGGCUUCGCGACUGUAAAGCAGCAUAAAUGGACUGCUCGGGUGUGGCGACAGGUCGCUCGCGACGACGAUGAAAUCGGGCUGGGGUGGCAGGGCGAAUGGAUCCUCGAAGGCGACGGGACCCGAGAAGGACAAGCGGUCCUCGUCGAUUGUCUGCGUGGUAUCAGAGGGCCGUAUCGAGAGUGGGAAUUGGUCAGAGAGAAAUGCACCAGCGAUAGAUUAUGGUUUAGACUAAUUAGGACUUAUACGUCCAAACGGACACGGCCUCGAUUUCGAGAUGAACAAUUGGAACACAUGUAA